AACCACAAAGCCCGCGACACUACGAGCCGCAGCUCAGGUUGUAGGCUAGGCGCAUCUGGUGCAACUGCUGGCCAGAAAUGUGUACUGAAGAUAGGCUCUGGCCUCUGUGCCUCAGGUUGUAGGCUCUAGGUUGUUCUUGUCUCGCUUUGCAUUCGGCCAGAUAUUGUCAUUGUUAGGUUUUCUUUCAUAGCAAAAACAACUUUUUUCCUUUCCGAGGCGCCUCUUAGUUUACCUCCAUGCUCCGGCUGGUGUCGUUGCCAACGGAAACUGUUAUAAGCGACAUGUUGACGCCAUUCCGGCAUUUCUCGGCGCACUCCGAUGUCGCUUCCGCAUAAUAGAACUAGCCAGGUUGGAAACAUCGAGCUUUAGCAGCAACUAGUCGCGUUGCCUAUUCAGGCAGACGUUGUCACCGUUUCAUCAACUACAGCACGUACUCGACUUGCGAUAGUUGAUUUAGUGUCAUGAGGCGCCCCUCGUAUAAGACUUCGGUCUGACCGCAGGAUAGCUUAUGCUGUGACUCGCGUACUUACCCGCUCAAGCUGCGAUAAUUGAUCUAGUGCCUUUCUUACUUACGCCGUGUCUUGAGGCGCCCCUUCGUAGCUGAUGCUGUGAUUCACUUACUUACGCGCAAUAACUAGUCUCUUUGCUUCAAGGCGUCUGUCGUGCAGCUCUCGCCAUGGGGUGGUUACCCGACCCCCUUUUCGCCAACCAGCAACCCAAAACCGACGGCUCCACCAACUCCCCGCGCUACGCCUUCCACCUGCUUUCUCCCUCCGCCAAACCCUCCGCCCACUCCGCCUCCGCGCACCCGCUCUCCGCUUUCCGCUGCACACUCCCCGCGAUCGUGCUCGGCGCGCUUCUCUUCGGCAACCUCCUCCUCCUCUCCGGCAACCCCCGCCUCUGGCCCGCCUGCCCGCCCGACCUCGAUGCUGUAGACGCGCUCGCUGUAGCGGGGCUUCAAUCGGGGGGGCUACAACCCGCGGGGCUAGCGGGAUCGUCUGUGUCGGUUGUGAUAGAACCGCGGGCGGAUGGCGCGUUAGGCGCAGGGAGGGCCUCCGCGGCAGGGGAAGCGGCGGAUUGGUGGCGGGAGAAUGACGGCGGAACAGGCGGAACUGGCGGAACGGCUACUGGCGGAAGGCCUACUGGCGGAAGGCUUACUGGCGGAAGGCUUACUGGCGGAAAGGGCGGCGUUCCCCGCCUGGCGUACGGCAUCCUCGGCGCAAAGAACGACAGCGCGCGCGUCGUCCGCCUGCUUCUCGCGAUCUACCACCCCCUAAACCACUAUGCCGUCCACAUAGACGAUCCGGACGAAACUAUUUCGUUGAAGACAAAGUUCGCCGCCCACCCGGCGCUGGCGGGGCGGGGGAAUAUUGUCGUUAUCCCGGACCCCGAAGUAGUCACGUACCAGGGGUCGACGCUGCUGUCUGCGACGCUGCGGCUGGCGCAUGUGCAUAUAGCGAGUGGCGCGGAGUGGGACUGGUUUAUUAAUCUGAGCGCGGCGGACUACCCGUUACUGUCACAAGACGACAUGCUGUAUCUCUUCUCCCACGUCAACCGGAGCUACUCGUUUAUGGACCACAACACGGACCACAGAUUCGACUACCGCCAACGUGCAGUGAAUCUGGACAGGGCGCUCUUCCAGGCGCACCGAGGGCACAAGCUGAUGCGGGAAGUGCGCCCCACUGCCACCCGCUUUCAUGUGUUCAUGGGCUGCAACUGGAUCAAGGCUUCUAGGUCUUUCCUGCGCUACGUCCUAUGGGAGCCCGCCAGCUGGCCGCGCCGCAUCCUCAUGUACAUGGCUGACGUCAUCGACUCGGACGAGCAUUAUUUCAGCACCGUGGCGUGCCAGGCGGGGCGGUUCAACCGCACCCUUGUGAACAGCAGCCUGCAUUUCGCAAAAUUUGCCAAAGGGAGCCCGCACUCCCUUGAGAUGAACGACUCGUACUACGAUGCCUUCACUAAUGCUGCCGGUGUCUUCCUCUUUGCCAGGAAGUUUCCUCGCGACUCCCCCACUCUCGACCGCAUUGACAGGGAGCUGCUGCACCGGCAGCCAGACCGCAUCACACCCGGCGCUUGGUGCUCCCUCCCACCCUCCAACACCACCACUCUUUCUGAUUUCAGUUCCUUAGACGCUAGUGAUGCCAGCACCAGCAGCACCACCAGCAGCACCACCAGCAGCACCACCAGCAGCAGCACCAGCAGCAGCGGCAGCGGCAGCAGUGGCGGUGUUAUUGGGUGGUUGCAGCGGUUACUAUCCCCCGCACCAUGCAACUCUCGCAGGCAGAACUCGAUCAUUCCCCCACCCUCCAUCACUCGCACAGUCAUACCACCUGGUGCCGGCGGUGUCACCAUUGACAAUGCCAAUAAUGGAGGUGAUAAUAACGGAGUUGGAGCUGGCUGCCCGUCUACAGUAGACACUGUGUUAGUAGCAUCCUUGAGACAAGCACCAAGCGAGAGGGUUAAAGCCAUGCUGCCUCGGUUUCUCGAGUUGCUGGACACGAGCAGCUCGUGCGGAGUGCCUGAGGGGGAUCGCAGAAUGGCUAUGGAAGAGGAGUGGAAGGACGGAGAUGUGCCAAACAUAGAGAAGUAUCAAAUCUGAAGGAGAGGAUCAUAUCUUCAGUGAAUGGCGGUUUCUGGAGGUACUUGCUCGAGUGUACAAGCAACUAAAGCCGAGUGGCAGACGGGGACCGCAGGAUGGCUAUGGAAGGAGAGUGGAAGGAUGGGAUGGGUGGGUGGUGAUGUUCCAAGUUUAGAGAAGUACCGGUAUCAGACCUAGACUGGCUCGAUCGAGACACAAGCAAACCCUUCCAACUGCCUGGGGGAGAUGGCUGCUAGGGUAAUGAAAGGGAGUGGAAGGAUGAAGAUCGGGAAAGAAGUGUAAGUUUUGUAAGCUACAUAUGGUUUGUCAAGAAUCUACUUGUUCCUACAAUGUAAGAUAUAAAUGGUAAUAAAAUUAAGGUCUGGAU